UCUUCCCAUUCUGCCAUGCUACAUAUAAAUAGAGCCCUUAGUCGGAGGUCUGGAGACCGUUGUGUGGAGCCCCUGAACGCUUACAGCUAUUUUUUUGGGUCUAUCAGAAUUCAGAUAUCUUUAAGGAUGGCUCUGACUAAUCCCAUGCCAGUGGGGCCAUGGAAGCUCACAGUCUACGACCAGGAGAACUUCCAAGGCAAGCGCAUGGAGUUCACCUCAGCCUGUCAGAACAUCAUGGAAUGUGGCAUGGACAGUGUCCGCUCAGUGAAGGUGGAGUGUGGCGCCUGGUUGGGCUUUGAACACUCCAGCUUCUGUGGGCAGCAGUUCAUCUUGGAGAGAGGAAACUACCCUCGCUGGGAGUCUUGGAGUGGCAGCAAUGCCUACCACAUCGAGAGGCUAACGUCCUUCCGCCCAAUCUGCUCUGCUAACCAUAAGGAGUCCAAGAUUACUGUUUUUGAGCGGGAGAACUUCAUCGGACACCAGUGGGAGAUAACCGAUGACUACCCCUCCCUCCAGGCCAUGGGCUGGCCCACAAAUGAGAUCGGGUCAAUGCAGGUGCAAAGUGGGGCCUGGGUUUGUUACCAGUACCCCGGCUACCGUGGUUACCAGUACAUCCUGGAGUGUGACCACCAUGGUGGCGAGUACAAACACUACAGGGAGUGGGGCUCCCACGCUCAGACAUUCCAGGUGCAGUCCCUCCGCCGAGUUCAGCAGUGAGAGCAGCCUGCCCACCUCCCUUCCUCCCUACCCCAACUCCUCCUCUUCCUCCACCCCCUCCUCACCUCCACCUCUUUACUCUGACACCGUCAAGCCCAGCUAGACCUGACAGAGCACAGACAGAACGUCUGGUGCAUUCUGCAAAUGUUCACAGCACUUUCUUCUUUUUCCAUGCCAUCGAUUGAAAGAAAAGAGCGAGAAGAAGAACUCAAGCAGACUGAUUCUGUGGGUGGCGCAGUGAUGUGACCCAAGCUUUGCUACUCAUCACUGUCAUGCAGUCUGUGCAAAAGAGAUCAAUAAAGGGCACAAGUAUGACCCCCCCCCCCCAAAAAAAACACUGUGAUUGUUUGCUUGAUAUUGAAGCUGUGACCCAAAUGUUAUGUCACAAAAUAGUACUUAGAUGCAGAGAACAUAAAAACAUUUACCAUCUAUUCCACAGCUAUUUUUAUCACUGUAAAAUUAUAAUAAAUGAAUAUGGGAUCUUCUUCAAAUGGUGUAAGAAGCUUUCAGAA